AUGCUCAGAAACUUUGCAAGAUUGGGCGUUUCUAGCCCUAACAGAAUGAUUUGGAGUUCGGUGAUACCUACCAGUCGAAGGCUAUCUCCAGUGAUCAAACCGAUGACGCUACGUUUUGCUUCAACAUCCCAAACAGCUCGUCUGGCUAAUGCAGAACAGCUGGCGAAUAGAUCGCUUCAGGAUCCAAAUCUUCAAGCGAAAUUUUACUCAAGCUUAUUGAAAGCCAACUAUCCACACAUCGUGGUCUCUAGAUAUGAGACACCAGGUAUCGCCACUUCUCCAGAAUGUGUCCAGUUAUACAUUGAGGCUUUGAUGAAGAUGGGCGAAACUGUUAAGGCUGAAGCUGUGUCGCGCUCUUUGGGGGCCGAACUAGCCGGUUCAGGUAAUGGAUUGGGCUCCGGUUUUCCUGGCUCUUACGGAUCGAGACAGGAUCCUAUUCAUGUGGUGGUCACCGAGGGCGCUUGGGUGUCCAUCUCCAAAUGGAUAAAAUGGCUGAUUCCCGUUUGUCUGACUACAUACGGUGUUUACCAGAUCUUCUCGUACUUUGUUGAAAACGGAACUAUUCUGAAGGGUACCAGUGUUGAUGACAAAACUGCCGAUGUUUCCGAAUCUACGGUGAAGUUCAGCGAUGUGUGUGGUGUUGAUGAGGCCCGUGCAGAGCUUGAGGAAAUUGUUGAUUUCUUGAAAGACCCUUCGAAGUUCACCGGCUUGGGAGGUAAACUGCCGAAGGGAGUCUUACUCACUGGUCCACCCGGUACGGGUAAGACGCUGUUGGCCAGAGCCACGGCUGGUGAGGCUGGUGUUCCUUUUUUCUUCAUGUCUGGAUCCGAGUUUGAUGAGCUUUACGUCGGAGUUGGUGCUAAAAGAGUGAGAGAGCUGUUUACACAGGCUCGUGCAAGGGCUCCUGCCAUUAUCUUCAUCGAUGAGCUGGAUGCUAUUGGAGGAAAGAGAAACCCCAAGGACCAGGCCUAUGCGAAGCAGACUCUGAAUCAACUCUUGGUUGAGCUUGAUGGAUUUUCUCAAACUGAAGGUAUAAUCAUCAUUGGAGCGACUAACUUCCCAGAAUCGCUGGACAAGGCUCUGACUCGUCCCGGUAGAUUCGACAAAGUUGUUAACGUUGACCUCCCAGAUGUGAGAGGCCGUGUCGAUAUCCUGAAGCACCACAUGAAGAAUGUGGAAACUGCUAAAGAUGUGGACCCCAGCAUCAUUGCCCGUGGUACUCCUGGUUUGUCUGGUGCCGAACUAAUGAACCUAGUCAACCAGGCUGCUGUGUAUGCUUCUCAGCAGAAUGCCCUCUCCGUGAAUAUGAACCAUUUCGAAUGGGCCAAAGACAAAGUUCUUAUGGGAGCCGCUAGAAAAGCCAUGGUGAUGACCGAGGAAUCGAGAAAGACAACUGCUUAUCACGAAGCUGGACAUGCCAUUGCCGCCAUGUACACUGUCGGUGCUACCCCUCUGUACAAGGCCACCAUCUUGCCCCGUGGAAGAGCUCUCGGAAUAACCUUCCAACUUCCGGAGAUGGACAAACACGACAUCACCAGAAAGGAAUGCUAUGCCCGUUUGGACGUUGCAAUGGGAGGAAAGGUCGCUGAGCAGAUGAUCUAUGGGCCAGACAAUGUGACUAGUGGAUGCAGUUCUGAUCUGGAAAAUGCCACCAACGUUGCAAGGGCAAUGGUGACCCAGUACGGUAUGUCUGAUAAGAUUGGCCCCGUAAAUCUGACCGACAAGAACUGGUCACCCAGUCUCCGUGAUAUGGCUGAUAAGGAGGUUAGAGACAUGCUGGUUGAUUCUGAGACAAGAACGAAGAAUUUACUGGAAUUCAGAGGCAUUGAGCUAAGAAGAUUGGCCGAGGCUUUGUUGCAGUACGAGACUUUGACCAGAGACGAAAUGGAAAGAGUUGUCAAAGGAGAGCCCAUCAACAAAAUGAAGGUUUCGUCCAGUACAGUCGUUAAGUCACCACCUACCAAGGAGGAGCGCAAAAUCGAAGAUAAGACACCGAUCCCAGUUGCUGCCAAGGCAUGA